UUUGAGAAAUGGGCGAGCGCGGUGGCCGCACUAUACAAGAAGAACCCUGAAGGUGCUGAAAUGGCUAUCGCGUCGACUUUGACAGCUAAACUGAGCGACGAAGCGCUGUCUAGUGCGGUGAAGGAAGCAACCGAAAGGGUGGCUCCUCUUGCUCGAAAAGUGGAGGAAGUCCAGCUCGACAAGUGGAUGCGCAAGGCUCUAUCAGCUGACGACGCUUUCAAGCUUCUAAAACCCAAUAGCGCGGACGAAAACAUCCUCAACAAUCCUUGGGUCUCGUACGUCACGAAGCUGGACGAGACGAAUGCCGAUGAGCAAAUGUUCGUGAUACUGAAGAGAAGCUACAGCGAGCAAGACUUGGCUCUGAUACUAGCGCGGUCGAAAGGGUUCUUGAGGGGAGAUGUUGCCAAGAGGAUGGAGGGGGUGCAACUGCAAUUAUGGCUGAAGGAGGGGAAAACUCUCGACGACAUCUUCACUCUACUGAAGCUGGACAAACAAGGCGACAAACUGUUCGAGGUCCCCGCAGUGGUAGCAUGGAGUUCGUACGCGAAUUUGCUGGAUGGAAGCCCUGGCAAGUCGAUGCUUUCAACUCUAACAGCAUACUUUGACGACUACACUAUAGCGAAAAUGCUUGCUGCGGCGAGGGUGGACGACGAGGUGAAGAUCAUCACGACCAAACUGGAAGACCCGCAUCUUUCACGUUGGAAAAGUGACGGCAAAUCUGCCGAUGACAUUUUUACGCUCUUCAAGCUUGGAGAUGAGGUCGACGAUGUUCUGGCGAAUCCAUUGUUGCCUACGUGCAUGGCGUACGCUGACAAGCUGAAGGAAAAUCCGUUCUCGUUACUGCUGGCGAAGCUCAAAAGGUCCCCAGACACGGACGACAAGCUCGCAAAAAAGAGUCUUACAGCGACGGACGGGCGCUCUACUGGCAAUCUCAAGGACGUUAACGCAAAACUCGAGCGGAUUAUGCUGGACAAGUGGGUUCAUGAAGGAAAAACUGCGGACGAUGCUUUCGACUUUUUACUGAAAAGAUAUCACAGGUUCAUCUUCGAAGUUCCGGCGGUAAACACCUGGGUCUCUUAUGUUACCAAGUUGGAAAAGGAGAACCCCUACCAAACCAUGAUCGCGGUCCUAAGAGGACGCUUCGGUGACAAAAAGCUCGACGAUAUGCUGGUUGCGGCAAUCGACAAGAUACACGCCAAGGCAGUUGCUGAGAGGCUGAGGGGAGAGCUUUGGUUAAGCCAAGAACGAACUGCCGAUGAUGUGUUCGAACUGCUGUAUCUUAAUGACUGGCGGCGGAACCUUUUCGACAGGCCUCAUUUCAGUACGUGGGUCUCGUACGUCGUUAGGCUGGAUAAGGAGAACGCGGACGACGUGAUGUUCUCGAUUGUGAAGUCUCACAACAACGACAAAGAUCUAGCGAUGAUGCUCACGACGUCGAAGAACGACCAAGUUGUGAAAAUAAUUGCUGCCAAACUGAAGGGUCAAUGA